AUGCCCUUUUUCACUCGUGUCUUCCGGAGUAAAGACUCCAAUACCACGAAGAAAUCGUCCAAGAACGCCAUCGUCCAGAACGCGGGUCCCGCAAAGCCCACAUGGACUGACGCGUGGCAGCGAACGGAGGUUGCUCCUGAGGAGGUUCGGGAUCUUCUGCGAGGAUGUACUCACGAAUUGAAGGCUCGAGCUCUACAAACCCCGUUUCUGCUAUUGCCAUUCCGCCCAGCCUCCGAUUCGAGCGCGGCCCGUUAUUUCAUUCGUAAUUAUUUCAACAAGUCGGUCGAGCAGGGGAAACCUUGGAGCGGAGAUGCAUUGUCGCAGGAAUUACGCCUUACGGACCCGAUGGUCCUUUGCAGUGUUCUGAAAUGGUGCUGGGGUCGGCUUCCUGGAGGAGUUGUGACCUGGGAGGCAUACGAGCUCUUCAAAGUUGGCGAACAAGACUCCCAACUCGCGCGCGACGCUUUUUCGACAUUCAUUCCUAUCAGCGUCGACUCCGAUGCCCGGACGAAGAUCAUUUUUGACUUCUUCGACCUGCUCGCAGCCAUCGCAGCAAACGGAAAGUCCAACGGGCUUGGAGGCCGAAAGCUCUCGCGAUAUGCCGGUUGGUGGGCUUUCGAGCAUUCGGAUACAGGCAAUGGCUUUGAAGCCGCCUACAAGAACUGGGCUGCUGCCGCGGAUGCCACAAGUCACUUGUUUUUCGCCUAUCUGCGCUCGAUAUCCCCCGACUCCCCCCGCGGUAUUAGCGGUAUCUCAACUCUGCCCAUCGCUCUUCAAACUUUGGUACAGGCCACAGAAUACCCACCGGAAACCCCUACCCUUCUGCAGGUGUCGACCACCAAGGUUGUCAUGAUCGUCGACACUGUCUCGCCGACCCCUUUCGCCCUCUUGCGCCGAGCCAGGAACUUUGAGUAUCGGGACAGCGAUCGCCAUCUGCAGGAAUUUGCUAGCUUCGAGGAUCCCAUCAAGGCGCUUACUGAUGAAUGUCUGCGCGUGCUGAAAUGCAUAUCGUCGACGAACCAAUCUCCCAACUCCCCUUCAGGGCCGACCGAGGCAACCCGGGAAGCGUCAUGGUCCCGAUUCGAGGACCUUGGGUUCGGGGCAUCCGACUUGGAGAGCGAUGCAGAUGCGACCUCUUUGGCAAGGACUGAGUUCGGUGGUGGUCUUAAAUCUGCACCCCAGUCCGAAGCUGGGGAUCUCGCCCGUCCCACCACUCCAUCCUGGGCCGACUUUAUGUCGUCCGGCUUCAAUGACGAGAACUCUGUGACGCCUCGGGUCGCUCCCUUGCUACUUCCUCCCGACAAGGUUCUGCCCCCCAUUGCUUCUGUCCGGGGCCAGAGCUCCCAGUCUCACAAGCGCACGUUAGACUCAGAGCCCGUCAUGGAGCCAGGCGAGCUUGCCAGCAUCACCACGUUGGAUCUCGACGACUCGUUUUGGUGGGUCUGGAUCAGCAGUUUGGCGGGCGAAGAGCCCGUUUCACGGAAGGCCGUCUUCGGCAGAUGCGCGUUGAUCGAAACGAUCAUUAAGGACACGAAAUGGCUGGUUCUUGAGGAGCAGGUCAAAGGUGCUGCACCGGAGCCUGAGCCCGGUGCGUAUAUCGUCGAAAAGAAGAGCUUUUUCAGUUUCACGACUCGCAAGGGAAAGAUUGGACGGCGCAAGUCGUCGGCUCGAAAGGUCAGUGCUGUUGAGGACGCUUACAAGCGCGCCAACAACCCCGCUCCCCAGAGCAAGACCAGCAUUGCGCCUGAUCAACAUGCUCGCAUUCAGGCUGCGGCGGCCGCCCUGCAGAAGAAACAUCGCGAACAGGAGCAGGAGGCGGCCAGUGGAUCGAAGACCGCCGCGCCAGACAACUCGCGGCAUUCCAAGGCAAACUCGGUCAUGUCUCUGCAACCAGCAAUCAUGAGUGAGGCGUCGCAGGCGAUGAAGUGGGCCAGCAACUACGACAAAAAUGCGUAUCGCGCCGCGUAUCUGAAUGAUAGCCGCGCAGGAACAGGAAAUCUGACCUUGGACUUGGCGGGUGCGAAGACACUGGACGGGACGAAGCCAGAGCCGCCAGCCUCGCCAGCGCUGAGUACGUCAACCCGACAGGCGCCCCCUCCGGUGCCCAAGGACUCUGUGCCGAGCUCCCUGAAACCCCUGACUCACCAACGACAAGGGAGCGGUGUGGAUGAGAAUGCUGCCAGCAGAAAAGGCAGCAUCAGCCUUGCCGCGGAAUCACUUCCAAAGCAGUCCAUCGAUUCCGUAGAGGAAUCAGGGGGCAAAGUGAGGAAGAAGCCUGGCAACACGGGCUUGAAGAGUAUUUUUGGCACCAAGAAGAAGAGCGAAGUCGAGUCAAAGCCGCCAAUGAAGCCUACCGGUGCUGGACCUUCCGCUGUCGCCGCCGCUCGUGCAGCCCUGGAAGGUAAAGCAAAGGCAUCGGUGGAGCAACCGGUUCGCUCCAACGGCACCUCCACUUUGAAGAAGAAGCCCGUUCCAGCUUCGCCAGCUCCCGCAGCGGCUCCUGCAGCGGCUCCCACUGCUACAACAACCCCUGCGGCUCCUGCGACUUCAUCGGUGCCAUCUGCUCCCGUUGCUCCCGCUGUAGAUGCUGCCCCUGCUUCCUCGGAGGUUGCGAGACCUUCGGAGGAUGUCAAGAAACCGGCCCCUGAGCAGCAAACAGCUGCGGCUGUUGAACUGCAUGAUGGGCCACCUAAGACGCGCCGCGAUGCCGAUUAUGAUGCCCUUUCUCGUGUGGGCACGAACGAACGGACCGCGGCCGAUCGUGAGUUCUCUCGGUUCGAUCAAGGACCCCUGCUGGAACAGCCAGCGUUUGUUCCCGAGGACUCCCCUGUCACCGAGGCCUUCCCUCAGAAGCCUGCAUCUGCUGUUGCAGUUGACGAGACCCCCGCCAAGACCGUACCCAGUGUUCAAGAGACGACCACCAAGUCAGCGCCCGCCAACCCAUCUUAUGACCGCUGGGCGCAGAUCCGCCGGAAUGCCGCCGAGAGAGCCGCGAAGCUCGAGCAGUCCUCUUCGUACCGUUUCAGCCACGGAACGGAUGAGGGUAAUACGAGUGAGGAAGAAAGCUUCGAAACCCGUGCUGCUCGCAUCAAAGCCAGAGUGGCCGAGUUGACUGGCAACAUGCAGGUUGCCAACUAG